GUCUAAAUCUUGACGUGGCAUCACCAGUAGCGCAGCUAGCGCUUGUCAGUCUCCGCCUUUAUCGGCCCAGCGCGGUGUAAACUCUCUUUUAUGGGUUUUACUCUCCAUUAAUUCACCGCACCAAACAUGUUUACGUUCUCGGAACUCAUCGUUCUCCUUUGCGCGUUGUCUUACACGGCGAGCGGCUAUUUUGUGAGCAUCGACGCGCACGCGGAGGAGUGUUUCUAUGAGCGCGUGAACUCGGGCACGAAGAUGAGCCUGAUGUUUGAGGUCGCCGAAGGAGGAUUUCUGGACAUCGACGUGAAGAUAACAGGUCCAGAUGGAAAGCAGAUCUAUAAAGGAGACCGUGAGUCUAGCGGGAAGUAUUCUGUAGCCGCUCACAUGGACGGAACCUACAAGUUCUGCUUCAGCAAUGAGAUGUCCACCAUGACCCCCAAGAUUGUGAUGUUCACCAUUGACAUCGGCGAGGCGCCCAAAGGACAAGACAUGGAGACAGAGGGAGGUGGUGACAGCUGGGAUGCUCAUCAGAAUAAGCUGGAGGAGAUGAUUAACGAGCUGGCGGUUGCCAUGACAGCAGUCAAACAUGAGCAGGAAUACAUGGAGGUCCGAGAGAGGAUACACCGUGCAAUCAACGACAACACAAACAGCAGGGUGGUGCUUUGGUCCUUCUUUGAGGCUCUAGUGCUGGUGGCCAUGACCCUCGGACAGAUUUACUACCUGAAGAGAUUCUUUGAAGUGCGGAGAGUCGUAUAAAAGUCCCGUCGGUGUUCUCCAACAAACACAUCGAGUCUGUGAUUUACCAGUUUUACGAAUUGGACGUCCAAUUCAACAGAUCGGAAGAACUUGGUUGUCCGCUAGUCCACCAGUCUUUGUUUUUAUUCGCCCCAGUUGUAGACCAGCUUCAUCGUUUUGGUUGCGAAUUGUUAAUUAAUUGAUUUUUGGUUCGUUUUAGCCCGGUUUUUGUACAUUUAUUUUGAACAGGCAUCUUUUAUUUUAUGUUUUUGGCUUGGUGUUUCUUCUCCAGUACUGUUACAAUUGCACAUUACUAUGAGAAUGAAGUA